AUGGAAGACUCAGAGCCAGAGAAGAAGCGUCCCAACUUGAACUCCGUGUCGCCCACCAUGGCCCGGAACUCCUCCUCUUCGCCGAACAGCAACCAAAACGUCGAUGCAGCUGUUCUCCAGUACCAGAAUCAAAAACUUGUUCAGCAGUUAGACAUUCAGAAGCAUGAGUUGCAUGAUCUUGAAGCCAGAAUUGAAGAAUUUAGAGACAAACAAACUGCUUAUGACGACAUUUUAAUUACAGUGAACCAGCUCUGGAAUCAGUUGAUUGAUGAUUUGAUUCUGCUUGGAGUACGAGCUGGGGGUGGCCAAGUUUGUUUACAAAUGUUGGAUCAUGAAAACUGUUCUGGAGGUUCAAUUCCCUCUUGUCCACCAGAGGAGAUGUUUCUUUGCAGACUACUAGAGGCAAAUUCUAUUGAAAGCUUUGGAAAUGAUGGAAUUGUUGAAUAUGUUGAGGAAUCUCUCACUUCACGCCAUUCAUCUACUAUGGAGUUGAUGAAAUUUCUUGAAGAAACCAUUAAUGUUCAGAGGAAAAAAACUGAGAAUAUAGCCCAGGCAUUGUUUGGAAAGCUGUCUGCAGAAGAUGCCAUCAUACGAUUGUCUAAAAUUGAUGACAUGAUGGAGAUGGAGGCAAAAAAUAUGCGAGGGGUCAUUGAUGUCUUGCACUUGAAACAUAAUGAAUAUGCUCAAUGGAUUCAAACUUACAUAACCAACCUUUCGAUGGAUCAAUCUGAGAUUAAGUGCCUAGCAGGUGAGUUGGAAGAGAUUAUGGCUGAACUUGAAGAAAGUAGAAGAAAGCUGAUUAAUCUGAAAAUGCAGAAGGAUGCAGCAUCUGGGGUUCAGACUCCUAUCCCUGGUGCAGUUAAUGGAAAGUUGUCACCUGAAAAGCCUUCGGAUAGGUCGAAGGGUUUUCGUGAAUUGAAGGAGUCAAUGGAAGAAACAAAGAUGCUUGCAGCUGACCGACUCUCUGAGCUUCAAGAUGCACAGGAAGAAAAUAUAGUCUUAUCAAAAGAGUUGGAACACCUUCAGGAUGAACUUAAGGAUGACAAGCAUGUACGCUCAUCACGUCUGUACUCUUUGGUUACUGAUCAGCUGCAACACUGGAACGCAGAAGUGGAACGAUACAAAGCACAGACAGAUUCGCUGCAGGCUGACAUGCCUUUUGUCUUGAGGCGGGAAGCGGAAGUGAACGCUAAAAUAGAGUCUGCAGAUGCAGCAAGAAAUACUAUUCACAAUCCUGAGUCUAGAAUUGAAGAGCUGGAGCUUCAGCUGCAGAAAUGUAUUAUUGGAAAAAAUGAUACUCAAAUUGAAAUGGAAGAAGCUGGCCAGGAUUCAGGGAGAAAGGAUAUCAAAGAAGAGUUUCGUGUAAUGGCGUCAGCUUUGUCUAAGGAAAUGGAAAUGAUGGAAGCUCAGUUGAAACGCUGGAAACAGACUGCUCAUGAGGCAGUUUUCCUGCGGGAUGAGGCUCAAUCACUAAAAUCUUUGCUGGGAGAAAAGGUAAAUGAACAAAAAUGCUUAGCAGACAGAUGUGACAAACAGAUGAUGGAGAUCAAGUCUCUGAAAAUUCUGAUUGAGGAGAUGCAGAAAGAAAAACUGGAGCUUCAAAUAAUCUUGGACAUGUAUGGAAAGGAAGGUUCUGACAAUAGAGAUCUGCUGGAAAUAAAAGAGUCUGAACGAAGAGCUCACUCACAAGCUGAAGUUUUGAGGGAUGCUCUGGAUGAACAUAGUUUAGAGUUGAGAGUGAAAGCUGCUAAUGAGGCUGAGGCUGCUUGCGAACAAAGACUUUCUGCUACUGAAGCUGAGAUAGCUGAAUUGAGAGCCAAACUGGAUGCUUCUGAGCGGGAUGUUUUGGAGCUGACAGAAGCUAUUAAAAUUAAAGAGGGAGAAGCAAAUGCAUAUAUUUCUGAAAUGGAGACCAUUGGUCAAGCAUAUGAAGAUAUGCAGACACAACACCAAAAUCUACUGCAGCAGGUGACUGGGAGGGAUGAAUAUAAUAUCAAGCUUGUUUCUGAGAGUGUGAAGACGAAGCAGGCACUCAGCUUUCUACAUUCUGAGAAACAGACACUAGCAAAGCAACUUCAGCAAGUUAAUGCGUCGGUUGAAUCUUUCAAAACGAGGAUAGCUCGCUCAGAGGAGCAGAUGAAAGUUGUCAUGACGGAGUCAAUCAAAUCUACUGAAGAAGAUAGACAUCUCUCAAUCGGCCUUGAAGCUGCAAGGUGGGAAUUGAUGGAUGCUGAGAAGGAGAUGAAGUGGCUAAAAUCUGCUGUUGCUUCUUCUGAAAGGGAAUAUGAGCAGCUCAAGCGGAACACAGAUAAAUUCCAAACCGAACUAAACAGUGAAAGAUCUGAACGGGAAAAGCUCGAGGAAGAGCUUAUGGAAUUGAAUAGGGAGAUGGCUGAUUUGCGCUCUGAAAGUGGCGAGGCAGCAAUCCAGAAACUCCAGGAUGAAAUUAAGGACUGCAAAGCUAUUCUCAAAUGUGGUGUGUGUUUUGACCGGCCAAAGGAGGUGGUAAUCUUGAAAUGCUAUCAUCUGUUCUGCAAUCAAUGCAUCCAAAGGAAUUUAGAGAUCCGUCAUCGGAAAUGCCCUGGCUGUGGAACUGCAUUUGGACAAAAUGAUGUCCGGGCUGUGAGAAUAUGAAGGUCCAUUCCAUUAUUAUGUGCAGGCAUAUGACUGAAUUACAUCCGACAACGUGCUGUAGUUGGUUAUACUGGAGGCCAACAAUGAAGCAUCAGUUCUUGAUGUCUUCAGAACUCCGGUUGUAACUAAAAAUAAAGAAAGAAAAGGGGAGGGACUAGGAGAGUGUGAGGAAAGGGUAGGCUUUGUACAUUCAACCCAUACAAAUUUGUUCCAUGAGCCGCAUCACUGGUUUCGGCCAAAGGCUGUGUGGGUUGUUGUGGUUGGGCCUAUGAUAAAAAAAAGAAGGGCGAAAGGCCCAAAAAAAUAUGAAAAAGAAAAGAGGCGAAAAAAAUAUAUUAACUACUCAAAAGGGUCAAUACCAUGAUUACCAUCCCAGUUAUCCCAAUAGACUCUUGAUUUUGUUUUUAUUAGUGAGUGAUCAAAUGUUGCACCUAAUUUGAUUUAACUGCCUCUGAAUUUGUUAUUGGUUGCUCAAA